AUGGCAGGGCACUCUCAUAGGUCUUCCGUCAAGAAUGGGCAUAAGUCAUUUAAGUCCAAACAUGCUAGUAAAGGAGCACUUAAAAGGAUGAACAAAGGUAAAGUUGAAAGAGAGAAUAACGGCACAGGGAAGUCAGUUAAAGUUGUUUCUAGGUUAGAUAGAAAGAAUUUAACGAACCAAUUGAGGCAGAAAAAGCUUUUGGACACUGCUAGGAUAAGGAAGUUGUUUGAAGGGUUGCAUGGUGCUCCUAAGGUUGUGACGGUGAUUCCGUUGACACCUGAUGUCGAUGCUGGUGAUAUUGUGAAAAAACUAAUUAAUUCUGGAGAUUUGGAUCCCAGUGGGCAGUUUUCUGGACCGUGGAAUUAUUCGACUCCAUCUGUGACCAAUUUUAAGGUGGAUAAGUUCAAAACCACCUUGAAACUGAUUGUUCCGGAUAUGUCAAAUUUUAUUAACAUAAUGGAUUCGGCCAAAGUUGCUGAUUUUGUUGUCUUUGGGUUAAGCGGUACAUCUGAAGUAGAUUCUGUCUUUGGAGAGCAGGUCAUUCGGGUGCUAGAACUUCAGGGUAUUGCUUCUUACAUGGGUGUUGUUGCAAACUUAUCGAAAGUCCAUCCCAAAGAGAAGUUUCAGUUAGAUGUGAAGCAGUCUUUGGAAAGUUAUUUUAGACAUUUUUUCCCCAGUGAAGACCGUAUUUACAAUCUUGAGAAGUCUUCGGAAGCGACGAAUGCACUAAGGGUGCUGUGUCAGAAAUAUCCAAGGGCAGUACAGUGGAGGGAUUCCAGAGGGUAUUUGAUUGCAGAUUCAAUUGAUUUUGAGGAGGGCGUUCAAGGUUCUGGGGACUUAAUUGUAGAAGGUGUAGUACGUGGUGUUGGCUUACAUUCAAAUAGGUUGAUCCAUCUCCCAGGGUUAGGUGAUUUUAUGCUUUCAAAAAUUGAGAAGGUUGCUUCCAGUUCCAGAGCUAGUAAAGCAUCUAGUGAUAACUCUGCCGUAAACAAUGUGUUUUUACCAGAUCAGAACCGAGACACUUUGGAAGAGUUUGCUCCGGAAGAUCUCGAGAUGGAAGAAUUGUCUGAUAAUGAUGAGUUCGAAUAUGCGAACUUGUCUUCCGUGAGGUACGAUGACCAUGGUUUUUUGCCUGGUAGGGAACAGCCUAUGAAGAGGGUAAAGGUCCCUAAAGGAACCUCCGAAUACCAAGCCAGAUGGUACCUUGAAGAUGUAGUUGAUGUCGAUGAAGAAGAUGAUGAUGAUGAACGCCGGCUGAUGCCUGAAGCAGUUGGCGAAAUAGAUGAUGAAUUUAUGGCAGAUGUUGCUGAGGCUCAACCUGUCGAUCCUUUAGAAGUAAAUGCUGAAUCCGAAACACUUGAAGAUAUGCAUGUGGACUUUCCUGCAGAAGAAGAAGAACGCCAGCUAAGAGCAUACCGUGAAUUAGAAAAGGACGACUUGGAAUUUCCAGAUGAAAUUGAGUUGGAUCCAUCGGAAUCUGCAAUAGAACGUUUAAAGAGGUAUCGAGGAUUAAAAAGCUUGCAUAACUGUGUUUGGGAUGCUGACGAAAAAGAUCCACAUGCUCCACCAGAAUGGAAGCGUCUAUUGAGGCUUGGAAAUUACAAGAAUAUUAAGCGGCAGGUUAAUAAAGAAGUAGGCGCAGGAGCGCAGGUGGUAGCAGGUGAUAGAGUCAGAAUUUAUAUCCAGUUUCCUAAGCAUCUGUUGGAUAAGAUCGUUGAAACAAAUUUAUUGGCUUUUACUGUCUACGGCUUACUUCCGCACGAACAUAAACAAGCAAUGGCUAACUUGUCUAUACAGAGAUGGGAAGGGUAUGAAGAUCCAAUUCCAUCUAAUGAACCUGUAGUUGUUCAAUAUGGAGUUAGAAGGUAUACAAUUCAACCUCAGUUUUCUUCUGCAUCAAAUUCCCCCAACAACGUUCAUAAGUAUGAAAGAUUCCUGCAUCACAAUACUGUUUCUAUAGCCACAUGUUUUCUUCCAUUGGAUUUGACUCAAUCUCCUGCACUUUACUUCAAACCUGAUGCGCAAGAUCCUAAGGGUCUACAACUCAUCGGACAUGGCUCCUUCUUAAAUGUUGAUCACAACAGAAUCCUGGCGAAGAGAAUAAUAUUAACAGGUCAUCCAUUCAAGUUCCACAAAAGAGUUAUCACAGUGCGUUACAUGUUUUUCCGACCAGAAGACGUGGAAUGGUUCAAGUCAAUUCCAUUGUUUACCAAAUCAGGUAGAACUGGUUUCAUUAAAGAAAGUCUUGGAACUCAUGGUUACUUUAAGGCCACAUUUGAUGGUAAAUUAUCGGCUCAAGACACUGUUGCAAUGCCAUUAUUCAGGCGUGUUUGGCCAAGUACAUCUAUUGCUUGGCAAUAUUAG